UGGUCAAUUGCUCAACCGCGAACCGCCGGGGGUUUCUUCCACUCGAUUUUAUCGCCAGAACACCCACGCGACUCCCCGCCGAAUAACGUUACCCCGGGCGCACCCGACAAUGCUCCGAUGGCGCAAGUCAACGGAACGUCGCUGCUCGGCCGCACAAGGUCGACUCGGGCGCCCACCAACGCCAGCAAGCCAGUUCAAGCCUCUGCUCGCAGCGGGGGGCCACCGGGCGUAGUCUCCUCCUCCUCCGCGUCCACGGCUGCGUCGACGGCCGCGCACGCGACCGCCUCUCCGACCGCCCCCUCCAACAUCUCCCUGUUCCUGACCAACCUUCGCCUGCUCGACCUCGACCUGCGUCCGGACUGGCCCGACAUCAACGCGCACACCUUCAGCGCCAAGGAUGCGGCGCAGGGCCAGAAGAAGCGCAUCCAGUCGGUCGAGUGGGCCCUGUACCACCUGUUUGCGCUCUUGGACCCGGACGAGGCCCGCAGCAAGCUGCAGCCCUUCUUCCCGCCGCUCGACCACGUCCAGUCGCUGAACCUGCGCGCCGCCCUGCUCCGGGCCCUGGAGCAGGCGAAGAAGAGCGGCGUGCUCGGGCGCGAUGCCGUCGUGCGCAAGACGAUGCUCGACGAGUGCAAGGGCGAGCGGCUGGAGGAGGUGCUGGCCGUUUUGUCGUCGGUGGUGCUGAAGAAGGUGGUGGCCGAGCGGCAGUGGAACGGAGGGGGCCAUCCCGCCUUGGCUCAGACCCUUGCGCUCGAGAACAGAGGCUAUUCCGGCGACCGGACGGAGCUUGCGGCGCUCAUCCUGGCUCACCGCGUGUCCUUGCGCCGCACGCUCGACGAGAAGAACGCGGCUCGCGCUCGGUUCCGGGAGUUCUCGGACGUGUUGGCGGGAAAGGAAAAAGCAAUUGCCCGGAGACGAGAGCAGGCUGAGAGGGCGAGACAGCGCGCGACGGGAACCUCCAUCUCGGACGCUCAGAGGGAGGCGAUCUGUCGUAUGGUGCGAAAUAACUGGGCCGGCGACGAGCGCUGGAUGGAGACGCUGCUUUACGGCGACAGCAAGUCGCAUAAAGACGGAGUUCUGUCCGCGCCGUUUGACAGGGUCUGGAGGCGCGUACAAUCUGGGCGGCUCGCAGAGCUUGACGAAACAUCUGCUGGGCUUCUGGAGCAGUUGGAGGGCAGAGUGAGAGACCAGCAGGCCAGGUUAGCCAAGUGGCAGGACUUCCGCCAGAAGAUGUUUGGGAAGUCGGGCUCGGAGCCGGCGGCCAGGCAAGCGAAGCCGGAAGCGAAGCAGAAAGGCCUCGACCUUGGCUUCAGAGCGCACGAAGACCUCCAUCUCGGCCGUAUGGGCUCAAGGAAGCUGCCUGGUGCCGCGUCCAGCCAGCUCGAUAGUCAUUACGAGGCGCUCAUCAAGAGCUUGGAGUCAGAGCUCGCCGCCAUUGACUCGCGACGCCCACCCGUCCCUUCGUUCUUCCAGAGGCCACAACAACCGGAAAGCCCUCCGGCGAGGACAGCAGGCGAUCCCAAACCAGAGCCGGAGGAGAUCUCGGACAUCAGUGAUCUCGAGGAGGCACAGCCGAUGCCGCGCUACUCCCCCACACGCCGGGACCCGAUCCGGGUUUUGGAAGAGCCCGCGUUUGAACCAGUGUUACGAAAGGCCAAGACCUUCGACGAGGAACACGGGUAUGCGGAAGAUGCACCCGUUACCCCUUCACGGUUGCGGAGGUCAGCAACACUGCAAUCGUAUUCUCCAUCAGCCACAAGGCGGGAAGGACAAGGCUCCCCAGCCAGAAGUCCCCCGCGGAAACCCAACUCGGCAUCAAAACGACGGCCGCGACCUCCACCACCUGAUCAUGCCCCCCAAUCCCCACCUCGACUGGUGGCCGCCUCCCCUGAACCACCGCCCUCGCCCGACCGCGCUGUGUCUCCCACCCAGCAGCUAGCCGACCAGAUCCUGGCAUCCGUCAGCGCCACCACGCCCUCGCCCGUCAAAAAGCCGCGGCACACGCUCUCCUUAGCCGAGCGCACCCGGCUCUCCAUGGCGCGGCGCACCUCGCACGCCAACCUCCGCGUGGCGGCGGACGAGGUCGGAGCCGAUUACUACGACAAUGACACUGUCCACAACAACCACGAAGACGACCCGGAAGUCGACCGUCUGCCGCUCAAGCGGGCGCCCGUGACCGUGCCGGUCGUGGCCGAACCGCCGCAGGCCGCGGAGAGCGCCACCUGCGGCGGCAGCAGCAGCGAAGCGGCGGGAUACGAGGAUCUCGUGUCGCGCACGCGGCGGAGCAUGGCCGGCUCCGAGGCGGCGCGGCAGAAGGCGCAGCUGGAGCGGCGGCGGUCACUGCGCAGGGCCCGCGAGGCGCCCCCGAAGACGCCCGCGCAGAAGAGGGGCAGCGGCUACUUCCCCGCCGUGGAUGAGGAAGGCGAGGGGAAUAGCGCGCUGCUGCUGGCGGAGGAGCUGAUGAGCGGGGAGCACAAGGAUGAUUACGAAGCUGUGUUCAUGAGCCGGCCCAAGUUGAAGACGAGUCCUGUGGGCACGCCGUCGAGGGAGUUUUGGGGGGAUUGACAGAGGAGGGAGGGCAUGGGUUAUGAGGAGCUCUGUAUUAAUUGAUCGCUGCAUGUGCCAUGAGAUUAUGGGCUGGGUUGAAUUCGGGUGGAUAGGCUGUAGACCAGGAUGUACCGUGCCGGCAGGAAGGAAGCGAUUGGGGCUCAUCUAUUCUGUCGUCGCGAGCAAACUAUUGAUACAAGUACC